UUUUGACACUUGCUGCUUUUAGUAUUUUUAUAAAUGUGAACUAGUGAAACAUCUUGAAAUUGUGUAAAGCCCGCUGUUUAGUUUGAAUAAUUCAAAAGAAAAUCAAAAAAAUAUCUAAUUAAUGGCAGAUAAUGCGGAUGAUAUCGAAUCUGGAGAUGUCUCAGAUCAUACUGCUUCUGAGGAGGAAGCAGUGGAACUAAUACAAGAAAAACGUGAUUUAGAACCAAGUUUAUAUGGAAUUAAACCAGCACUCAAGGACAAGUUUAAUAUUCCUGCCAUCAGAGAACUUAUAUUAUCUAUUCUUCACAGUACUCUGGAUGGCCAAAUUUAUUUGCCACAUACUGCCAAAACAAUUACAAUAGAUCUUGCUAAUGCAAUAAAUAAUUCCAUUAAAGGCUUGCAGCAGAGCCGUUAUAAGCAUAUAGUACAGGUGGUUUUAGGCGAACAGAAAGGGGCAGGAGUGAAAACAGCCAUGCGAAGUUUGUGGGAUAUUGAAUGUGAUACAUAUGUAUCAGAAGAAUAUAAAAAUCCAUCAUUAUUUUGUUUAGUAGCUGUUUUUGGUAUUUAUUUCUACUGAAUAUAUAAAAAAAUAGAUAGACACCAUCACAUUGAUGAUGCUUCU